UGACGUGUAAAUUGCUGAGAGGUGGAGCCUCGUGAUAGCACUUCUCUCGGUGGGUGACAAGCUGAUCGGACAAGAUGCCGUUUGGACACGUCUCAGAUAGCUUUCUUCCAAAAGACACCUCCACGUUGAUCGCAUACUUGGCAUACGGCGUGCCUCUUGCCCUUCUACUCUACAGCCUGUUUAGUCCCACCAGCUUCGCCACGUACCCACUGAGGGUGGCCCUUCCCUUCCGCUACUUUCCUACAAGGGGACAUACAAUUUUGUGCUCAAUGCUACUGAUAUCCUGCAACGUGGCUACGACAAGCACAAGGGCAAGGCAUUCAAGGUUGCCUUCACGGACCGCUGGCUCGUCGUGGUAACAGGGAAGAAGCUUGUCGAUGAAUUACAGAGGCUGCCUGACGACGUGGUGUCCUUCAGUGAUGCAGCUGGGGAGCUCACAGGAAUCCCGUAUAUUUUUGGCCAUCAGCUCCACGAGAACCCGGGUCAGGUCAACAUCAUCUUGGCCCAGCUGACAAAGCAUCUUUCCCCCGUCUUUGGCGACAUGUACGAUGAAAUAGCCACAGCCUUCGCGGAGUUUAUAUCCGGGCAUGACGAAGGUUGGGUCCCUGUGCACGCCAUUAAAGUUGCCAGAAACGUCGUCGCUCGUACAAGUAACCGUGUAUUCGUUGGACUACCCAUCUGCCGCGACCCCGACUAUCUCGGCCUGCUUGUCAACUUUACCCUCGACAUAGCAAAGGCCAGGAAAUAUAUUGCAUUGUUACCUUCGGUAGCGAAGCCCAUCGCAGCGAGAACGGUGGCCAAGAUGACUACCAAUAUUGAUCGGCGGAUCGAGGAAGGCACACAGUACCUGGGGCCCCUCAUUGAAGACCGCAUGAAGCUCAUGAAGAAUUUCGGAGAAAACUGGUCGGAUAAGCCGAAUGAUUUGCUCCAGUGGGUCAUAGAAGAAGUUGCGACACGAAACGACCCUGUGGAGGAAGUCGUCCGUAUCAUCCUCCUCGUCAACUUCGCAGCUAUUCACACCUCUUCUACUAGCUUCACUCAUGCGCUUUACCAUCUGGCUGCCAGCCCCGAGUUUAUCGAUUCCCUAAGGGAAGAGAUCGAGGCUGUUAUCGCGGAAGAGGGUUGGACGAAGGCCGCAAUGGGUAAGAUGUGGAGACUGGACAGUUUUAUGCGUGAGAACCAGCGGUACAACGGCAUAAAUCCAAUCUCUGUCAUGCGCAAGGCUGUCAAAUCUUUAACGCUCUCCGACGGCACGUUUAUCCCCAAAGACACCAUUCUCGUCGCACCUUCAAUCGCAACGCACUUUGAUAACGAGUACUACAAGGACUCGACCAUCUUCGAUCCAUUCCGCUACGUCCGCGAGAAGGAGCAAGACUUGUCUGCAUCCAAGCACCAGUACGUCACGACAUCCGCGGAUUAUGUGCCGUUCGGUCACGGCAGGCACGCCUGCCCUGGUCGCUUCUUUGCGGCAAAUGAGCUGAAGGCGAUGAUGGCGCAUGUCAUCGUCAACUACGAUGUCAAAUUCGAAAAGGAGGGCGUCCGUCCGGAAAAUGUUUACACCGGGUUGAGCAUCCAGCCGGACCCCGAUGCUAAGGUCCUCUUCAGGAGGAGGAAAUCCUCCUUGGUUUAGGACAAGAAGUGGCUUCCCUGACCCACGGACUGAAGGGUUUCAAAGCACAGCAGAGCAUCGCAUCUGAGAUAUCAUGUGUUCUCGGGUAAAGAAUAUAUUAUCCUACGACUCGGAGUAGUCUUUCG